AGGCCCUCAAGGGCCAAACAUGGAGGUCAUCCAUGCAGGCUUUGGAACAACACUUGACUAGUCUGUUCACCACUCCGGAUCUGGGAAUGACUGACGUAUCUUGUAUGGAUGUAGUCAUGGGAGUGGCCCCUAAAGAUUACCUCUCCCUGCUAGCACUCAAGGACCAUGCCACCUGGCGAGAGCUCAUGAAGGACCUAGUCGACCUAGAGGCCAAGGACCUCGCCAGGCGCAAGAAGGCGCCUGCUGCAGGUGGGAAACCACAACGCAAGCGGUUUGGAAGCAGCAACCAGCUUGCACUGCAUGAUCAUCGGGAGGCUGACGAUCAGUCCUAUGCGGAUGAUCUAUCUCUAGAUGACGAUCUAGAGCCGGACUCCGAUAUGGGCUGUUCCACAUCAGCCAUUGAGUGUGACAGAAAUGAUGAUGAGAAACUUAAUGCAUUCAGAAAGACUGCUUCAAAUAAGGGGCCUAACCGUGGUUCAGGAUUGCUAUCGUCUUCAGGGAAACAGGCAAGGGGCGUAGAGGAGUCAUCAGCACUCUCUACAGCAAGGGAAGCUGGGCAGUCAGUUGCAGGACCUUCCGAGGAGCCUGGAUCUGAUCAGCAGCGUGCUCUUGAAGCCCAAACUAAUGCUGAAUCCAAGGCUGAUGCAGUCCAAGUGUUGUACAUUGAGCCUUGGGAGGAGUCUAAAGAGGUCGACCUCCACGCCCACAUGAAGCAUUGGCUGCAGCUCAAGCAGCAACGCCGUGUUCAAGGGAGCGUGGAGCUGACUUUCUUUAAACUACUCAUUAACCGCCGAUACAUUCAUGUGCUGAUUGACAGUGGUUCGACCACUGAUUUCUUCUCUCGGAAUGGGAUUCGUAAGGCGGGUCUGGGUAUGAAGCAAGUGGAACUGCAGAACCCUUGUCGGACUCAGGUGGGCAACCAAGAGGUUGUCACUUCCACUCAUGCUGUCAAAGGUGUGCGCAUCACCUUUGACAAAGAUCGCACUGACACACAUGAGCUGAAUUUUUACGUUCUGGACAAGUGUCCUUUCGACGCGGUCAUUGGCUUGGGCUGGCUAAAGGCUCAUUGCCUAAGGACCACAUGGGCGGACAACCAGUUCGUGGUACUUGACGCCAAGGGGAACGAGCGUACCGUCUUGUUAGAUGAGACGCGCGAGUCCCCUGUGACUCUUCUCCGUGCUAACAAAUUCUGCAGGCCUAGCGAGUCUGAGUUUGGCGCACCUGUUUUGUUUGUACCAAAGAAAGAAGGUAAACUCCGGAUGUGUAUUGAUUAUCGUGGCCUGAAUCGGAUCACCCGAAAGAAUGUGUAUCCUUUGCCCCGCAUUGAUGAUCUGCUAGAUGCGCCAGGUGGGUGCAAGGUUUUCUCCAAGAUCGACCUCAAGUCUGGCUACCACCAAAUUGAAGUUGAUCCGAGCGACCAGCACAAAACUGCGUUCAAGACACGCGAUGGGCUAUACGAAUUCAUCGUUAUGCCCUUCGGACUGACAAAUGCGCCAGCCACAUUUCAGUGCCUCAUGGACAAGGUACUCCGCCAUCAGCUUAACAAGUUUGUGGUUGUGUACCUUGACGACAUUCUGAUUUUCAGCAAGUCCAUGGAUGAGCACGUCAAGCAUCUUGAGGAGGUUUUGCAAGUCCUCAAGGAAGCUCAACUGCACCUCAACUUAGAAAAAAUUGAGUUUGGCAGGGACAGUGCCAUCUAUCUUGGGCACCGGUUGUCUGCAAACGGCCUUGAGCCGGAGGCAACCAAGGUUGAGGUCAUUCAAAACUGGCCUCAACCGGCGAACGUACGCGAACUGCGUUCUUUUCUCGGUUUGGCUUCCUAUUACCGGAAGUUUGUACCCAGAUUUUCUAUUAUUGCUCAUCCGCUCUCAAGACUAACCAGCAAUAAUGUUGCCUAUGCAUGGUGUGAGAAGUGUGAGUCUGCGUUCCAAGCCUUGAAAGAGGCAUUGGUGAGUCAUCUUGUGCUUCACAUUGCAGAUCCCAAUCUCACGUUCGUAGUCACUACGGAUGCGAGCCAGUUCGGGAUUGGUGCAGUGCUGCAACAAGAUGAUGGUGAUGGCCUGUGUCCGCUCGAGUAUUACAGCAAACGCAUGCCCAGCCACAAGGUAGCUACUUCCACAUAUAUGCGUGAGCUUAACGCCCUGCACGAAGCCCUAGCACAUUGGAAGCACUACCUCUUGGGUCGCCACUUCAAGGUCUACUCUGAUCAUCAGACCUUGCAGUGGAUUCAAACACAAUCUGAACUCUCUCCUACAUUGACGCGCUGGUUGCAUGACAUUGAUGUUUACAGUUUCGAGUUGAAACAUAAGAAAGGUUGUUAUAACCGGGUUGCUGAUGCAUUGUCCCGCCAUCCUGAAUUCUUGACUUGCCUUGUGGGUUCAUACGACCUCCAAAGGAAACUGAAGGAGGAUCUGGUUGAACACACCGCCAGGGAUCCGGACCUCAGUCCCAUCCUUGAGCAGCUCAAGGCUGACCCCAACAGUCAGCCUGAUUUUCACGAAUGCAAGGGUCUUGUAUUCCGCCGGUACGGAAAGUUUGAUCGUUUGUGUGUUCCCAACCAUGCGCCUCUCCGGACUCAUUUCCUGGAUUUGGCACAUGGUCGGAGCGGACAUUUCGGCUUUGAGAAGACUUAUGGAAGUCUUCUGCAGCAGUUUGAUUGGCCAGGGAUGAAAGGAUCUGCUCAUAAAUUUAUUGUUGAAUGUCUGGUAUGUCAGAGAACCAAGGUCCACAGGCAUAAGCCUUAUGGCCUGCUAAGACCCCUCCCCAUUCCUGAUGGACCCGGUGAAUCGAUCUCCAUCGACUUCACGGACAUGGGAAAGGUGAGUACAGUAGGGAAUUCACAGGUCAUGGUCAUCGUGGAUCGUUUCUCCAAAUUUCUGAAUUUGAUCCCUUUCCCUCCCCAUGCACCAACUGAACUUGUCAUUGAGGAAUUCCAUCUGCAGUACAUUCUGCAGUUUGGCGUCCCGAAAACUAUUGUGAGUGAUCGGGACACCAGAUUCAUCAGCAAAGAUUGGAAGGACUUCACGUCGCAGAUCUAUGACAUUAAACUGAACAAGACUUCUGGUCGACACCCCGAAGCCAAUGGAUUGGCUGAGGAGAUCAACCAAACUGUCAUCCAACUACUCCGCGCAUUGAUUGUUCCAGAUCAGAACUCGUGGGACAAGGAGCUGCACAAGGUAAAGGGACUGUAUAACAAUUCCAUUCACUCUGCAACUGGUGCGACACCAAACCAGCUGCACUAUGGAUGGCUGAUGCGCAAUCCCCUCUCCUAUCUGUUCCCCUAACGGUCACGUGGUCUGAUGCCCGGCAUGCCUGGCUACAAUGUCAAGUACGCACGCUUGCUCAAAACUGUG